UGGCACAUUUCCCAGCGUGUGACAUCUCAGGGCACCUCCUUGAUACGUGCGUAUCUGCAGGUGAUGGGUAUGUAAGGAACACACGGAUUAGCCUCUGCCCCCACAUUUUAGCUCUGCCCCUGUCACCACCAGCAACGUCGCGCUUUUUCUCAUGGGCAGGCACCUCAAAGUCCACCAAAAACGUAAAUGAGAACCGAAAGUCAGAGGCACCAAGAUGAGCCGCUUUGACCGUCACCGUUCUAGUUAUGACUACUACUACUACGCCGGCGCCGGCGCCGGCACCAGCCACUGGGAGACCAGGAGCUUCAUCGACGUCGACGACCGCGGCGACGACAACCGCUACGCGCGCAUCGCCCUCAAGCCCGGACGCCGGCCCUCAGCCAGCGUGAGCGUCAUCGACGACGGCACCUUCGACAGCCGCCGUGCCCGGCCCAGACCGUCCCGGGAGCGCGACCGGGACCGCGACAGGGACAGGGACAGGGAUAGAGACCACCACCACCAGCAGCACGGCAGCAUCCUCCUCCGGCCGGGCUGCACCGUGCCCCUCCGGACGGACCGCGCCCACCGCGCCCACCGCGACUCCCUGACCCAGGCCCUCAAGCAGCGCCUGAACCUGGACACUGAUAGGGACGCCGCCGGUCCGGGACCGGGCAUGGACUAUUACUACGCGCCGCCUUGUCCUCCUCCGCCUCCUCCCCCUCCUCCUCCGUCGUCGCUGCCGCGCGCGCGCUCCCUCUCGCUGUCGCGCCUGUCGGGCGGGUACUCUUCUUCCACCGAGGAGGAGGAGGAUGAUGAGGACGGGGCAGGCCGGAGGUGGGAUUCUGCUGCUGCUGCGACUGCUGCUGCUGCUGCUGUUGUCCCGCCUGGGCCGGCGCAGGACGGGUAUUACCGCCCCGCGGCGCGGGUCGGGUUGUCGACCAGUCCGCUCGGGCCGCUGGAGGCCGGGGGCGGGUGGUUGCGCUCGAGGGAGGGGUCGCGGGAGAGGGGGAGGGGGUGGGAGUAUGGGACGGGGAUCCCCGGGCCGUAUGUGGACGAUGUCGGCGGGGAGGGUGAGGCGAUGUUUGGCGAGGGGCUGGGGCGAGUGCAGGAUUUGCGGACUCGGCUUGGUGGUCGGGUGCCCCGGCCGAAGGUGGCCUCGACGCGGAAGGCGAGGAGCGCGAGCUUUGAGCGGCAUGCCCGGAAGGGGGCGAGUCCCGACGCCGGCUCGGGGGCAAGGGCUGUCUCGAAUCCGCCCCGGGCCGCCAGGCCGCAGUACGACCAGGUGCACGCCCUGAUCCUGACGUGGUCGUUCCACGACCUCCGGACCGAGGACUACACGGCGCCGCCCGCGGCCGACUACGUCUCGCUCGAGGAGGAGACGGUCCGGCUGCGCCACACGCUCGAGGGCUACGGCUGGGCGGCGCACGAGUUCCUGAUCCCCAUGCACCGGUCCGUCGAGAGCCUCAAGGCCAAGCUGAAGCAGUUCUGCCGCCUCGCGGCCGACGACACGCUGUUGAUCAUCUACUACCACGGCCACGGCGCACUGGACGACGACAACGAGCUCGUCUUCAGCAGCCACGACCACCCGGAGAAUCCGGAAUGGUCGAAAGCGGCCGCCGCCGAGCUCUACGCGGCGCUCCUCAGCGGCGACGCCUGCGGGACCCACGGCCGCCGCGACAGAUACCAGGAGCUGUUGAAGAAAUAGUUAGUAGUUACUUUCCUCUGCC